AUGAACUGCCGUCGCUACGUUACUCUAAAAAUAUUCAUCAACCCCACAUCCUUGGGACAGCAGUUGGAUGACGAGCUCAAGAUGCACCAACGUAUAGAGGGAGCCUCGAAAUUCCACCCAGGUCGCAAUGCUGUCAGAUCGCUGCUUGACUCAUUCGAUGUCGAUGGUCCCGACAACAAACAUAGAUGUCUCGUGCAUCCUCCAUUGUGGGAGAGUGUGUCGACAUUUUUGCACCGCAAUCCGGUACGGCAACUACCGAAACCAGUUCUGGCAUUUGUGCUUCAGCGCCUGUGUUUGGCGCUAGACUAUCUGCACACGGAAUGUUAA